CGGCAGCAGCAGUGUUGUUUUUCUUUUUUUUGUACCAGACGUGUGUGCUAUUUUUACACUCGCAUAAAAUUAUUAAAUAAAUUUUGUUGUAAGAAAAUUUAUAAAGCCAUUCAAAAUGACCACUUUAAGACCCUUUACUUGUGAUGAUUUAUUUAAAUUUAACAAUGUCAACUUUGAUCCGCUAACAGAAACAUAUGGUCUGUCAUUUUACACACAGUACUUAGCUAGGUGGCCAGAGUUUUUUCAAUUGGCUGAAUCUCCCAGUGGACAAAUAAUGGGUUAUAUCAUGGGCAAGGUAGAGGGCCAUAUGGAAAACUGGCAUGGUCAUGUUACAGCCUUAACGGUUUCUCCCGAUUAUAGACGUUUGGGUUUGGCUGCUUUGUUGAUGCAGUUCUUGGAAGACAUAUCAGAAAAAAAACGUUCUUAUUUUGUGGAUCUGUUUGUGCGUAAAAGUAAUCAAAUUGCUAUUAACAUGUAUAAGAAUCUGGGCUAUAUUAUAUAUCGUACGAUAUUGGACUAUUAUUCGGGAGAUCAAGAUGAGGAUGCUUAUGAUAUGCGCAAAGCUUUAUCGAGAGAUGUGGAAAAAAAGUCUAUAAUACCCUAUACACAGCCAGUACGCCCGGAAGAUUUAGAUAUGCAUUGAUAUUGAAUGUCUUGUGUUUUUCUAUCAUUCUUUUGAGUUUCAUACUUUUUGCAAGCAAUAUACAUUUAUUUUUUUAAUAUUA